UCGUUCGUAUUUCGUCCUAUCCGUCGUGAAUAUGUGGAAAAUGUCGAAAAAAAUUGUUGAAAUCAAUAGUUACACAUAAAUAAAUACCUUAUUUAAGUCCAUAGUGAUUAAAUGUGCUAAAUUAAUUUAAUUUUCAGUUCUAAUAUCUGUAAGUGAUGAAUAAAACUGUGUUACAAGGAUAGUUCGAAAAAUGUUAUUGUGUGCUAAGUUUCAUAAUGGCGGCCCGUCGCGUCCCCCGCGCCUCCAUUUCGUUGACAGUCAAAUUAUGACAAUGCCGAUACGUAGAAAUCAAAAACUGUGUGUAAACUUAUAAAUAGCUUUAAGGGUUUUAAAAUAGUUAAUAAAAAUGAACCAGGAUCACCAUAGUAUCAACGCGGGUGGCGGCCAACCCCCAGGCAAUACGGAGUCUCAAAAUCAGAGAGUUCAGUCAGCUCAACAGCAGCAACAGAAUAAUCUUACUCCUACUACAUCUGCUACUGACCUACGGGUCAACUCGGCAGCUGUGAAUGUUGCUUUGUCGAGCGUCGCAAAAUAUUGGGUGUUUACAAAUUUGUUUCCCGGUCCAUUACCCCAAGUAUCUGUGUAUGGCCUACCAGCCAAUACUAGGAUUGAAAAUGGGAAACCUGUGCAGGAUCUCGGACAAGCACAUGCUAGUAUACUCAAUGGAGAUCCUAAUAUAAUAUUAGGUCAUCACUCAGGCCAGCCACAGGUCACAGUGUCUGCUGGUGGUCAACAGAUACCCAUAUCUCAAAUAAUAACGACUCAAUCAGGACAAGCUCAUGAAGCUCUUGUGGCGCACAAUCAGCAACAAGAGCUCACUGCGCAGCAAGCCUCAUCUGGUGCUUCACAGGUGUCGGUUGGUUCAGGGCAGGCUUCUCACCAGCAGGUACCCAAUAAUCGGGUCGAGUUUGUUCAACACCAUAACAUUGAUAUGCAACACCUACUUCAACAGCAGUUGAUGGCAGCCCGUCCUGAACAUGCCAACCAACAGGUAAGCGAGAUUCAACUGACAGUAAGUGAAGAUGGCAUUGUUACUGUGGUGGAACCAGGUGGAGGGAAGCUUGUGGACAAAGAUGAACUACAUGAAACUAUCAAGAUGCCUACUGACCACACCCUCACUGUGCAUCAGUUGCAACAGAUUGUUGGUCAUCAUCAGGUAAUAGACAGUGUGGUUCGCAUCGAACAAGCUACUGGUGAACCAGCAAAUAUAUUGGUUACACAAAACCCAGAUGGGACGACUUCUAUAGAAACAAGUGCAGUAGACCCCUUGUUAGUGAAGGAUGAGAAGAAUGUUGCUAAAAUUGAAGCGGCACAGUUUGCUGCACCCACUGAAAUAAAAGAUAUUAAAGGGAUAGAUUUAAAGAGUGUUGGUACAAUGGGCAUGGAAGGUGCAGUGGUAAAGAUAUCUGCAGCUGCUUCAGACCAUGACUUGCAUGCUAUGUACAAAGUUAAUGUUGAGGAUCUAUCUCAACUUCUUGCAUAUCAUGAGGUUUUCGGGAAACUUAACUCAGAGGCGCAACAACCCCAGCAACAACAACCGCAGCAACAAACGCAACAGGCUAAGCCUGUCUUAUAUGAAGUGGAGAUAGAAGCAGGAACCAGUGCAACUAUGUCAGAAGCUGAGGCGUCUCCUGGCCAUCACUCCUGUGAUAUUUGUGGAAAAAUAUUCCAAUUCCGAUAUCAACUGAUUGUCCAUAGGCGAUAUCAUGGAGAAAAUAAACCAUACACAUGUCAAGUAUGUGGAAAUGCCUUUUCCAAUCCCACAGAACUAUCAAAACAUGGCAAAUGCCAUUUGGCUGGUGACCUUGCAGAGAGGCAAGCAAAACGUCUUUCCCAAGACAAGCCGUAUGCAUGCUCCACAUGUCACAAGACUUUCUGGCGUAAGGAGCAUUUAGAUAACCAUGUACGGACCCACACUGGAGAGACACCCUACAGAUGUCAAUACUGUUCAAAAACAUUUACGCGCAAGGAACACAUGGUCAAUCACGUAAGGAAACACACGGGCGAAACGCCGCACCGCUGCGAGAUUUGCAAGAAGAGCUUUACAAGAAAAGAGCAUUUUAUGAACCAUGUCAUGUGGCAUACUGGUGAAACGCCGCACCAUUGUCAAAUAUGCGGCAAGAAGUAUACUAGGAAGGAGCAUUUAGUGAACCAUAUGCGCUCGCAUACUAACGACACGCCGUUCCGAUGCGAAGUGUGCGGCAAGUCGUUCACGAGAAAGGAACACUUCACCAAUCACAUAUUGUGGCACUCUGGUGAAACCCCCCAUCGAUGCGACUUUUGUUCGAAAACGUUCACGCGCAAGGAGCAUCUGCUGAACCACGUGCGGCAACACACGGGCGAGUCGCCGCACCGCUGCAACUUCUGCUCCAAGUCGUUCACGCGGCGCGAACACUUGGUGAACCACGUGCGGCAACACACGGGCGAGACGCCCUUCCAGUGCGGAUACUGUCCGAAGGCGUUUACAAGGAAGGAUCAUUUAGUUAACCACGUCCGGCAACACACCGGCGAGUCUCCGCACAAAUGUUCUUUCUGCACGAAGUCCUUUACGCGCAAAGAGCACCUGACUAAUCAUGUUCGACAACACACGGGCGAAUCGCCACACCGGUGUACAUAUUGUGCUAAAUCCUUCACUAGAAAAGAACAUCUCACUAAUCAUAUCAGACAGCAUACGGGGGAGGCUCCAUACAAGUGUACGCUAUGUCCCCGUGGGUUCGUGCGGAAGGAACAUCUUAAAACGCACGUGCGCACGCACACGGGCGAAUCGCCGCACGCGUGCACGUAUUGCAGCAAGACAUUCACGAGGAAGGAACACCUUAACAAUCAUGUGCGACAACACACGGGCGAGACGCCGUUCAAGUGCACGUACUGCGUGAAGUCGUUCUCACGCAAGGAGCACCUCACGAACCACAUGCACCUGCACACGGGUGAGACGCCACAUAAGUGUCCCUUCUGCACCAAGACGUUCUCCAGGAAGGAGCACCUAACUAAUCACGUGCGAAUACAUACUGGCGAAUCACCUCACUGGUGUCAAUUCUGCAAGAAAACGUUUACGCGCAAAGAGCAUCUUACAAAUCACAUGAAGCAGCACACUGGAGACUCCCCGCAUGCUUGUAAGGUUUGCGCUAAACCUUUCACGAGGAAAGAACACCUUGUCACGCAUAUGAGGUCUCACAGCUGUGGUGAGCGACCCUUUAGCUGUGGCGAAUGUGGCAAAUCCUUCCCAUUAAAAGGAAACCUGCUCUUCCAUGAGAGAUCGCAUAAUAAAGGAGCAAAUACUAAAGUAUUUAAAUGCGAAGUUUGUUCAAAAGAAUUUAUGUGUAAAGGACACUUAGUGACACAUCGUCGGACGCACACUGACACAGCAGAGACUAAUGCAGCAGUUGAACCUCCUGCAGAAAAUGAAGACUGUACAAAUGAGUGCAAUAAAUGUGAUAAAGACCCACUUGAAGUGGAUAGAAAGCCUGAUAUUAGACCACCAUCGGAAAGCAGAGCAGCUGAUAAUACUGCUAGUCAAGCUCAAACCAACACGGUGAUGCAAAUUACGACACAGGAAAAUGUUUUCAGCAAGUGCAAUCAACAGCAGCAACAAGCGCAACCAACGUCACUGCUGGCACUUUUACUGCAACACAGCACCACGCCGGCGCUUCGAUAGCGCACCACCCGGUCACCGUGAACUACUAGCAGGAACCCAUCGACUGACCGUCGAGUCAGGACGAACUAUUACUGUUUAUGCCAACCUGAUGAUGGCCCUAUCUGGCCCUGAGUGCAAGUUCUAUGUAAGAUUGAAUCGAGAUGCCCUUCGUAUGCAAUGGAUGAACCAAUGACAGCGCUUCCUCAUUUCUAUGGUUACCAUCACUCUGCUCCUUCAGAUGAACUUGUAAAUGGAAAUGCAGACUCUAAUUAUUAAGCGCGUACAAACAAUAAUUUUAUUAUCACCAAGCAAGUAAACAAUCUUCCAAUAGAAUCUGUACACAUGUUACCAAGAGUAUCAUGUUUUUAGCAAGCUUAACUGAACUGUCAUAAUAUGCAUUGUCAUAAAGAAAUGCAAAAUACUAUUAUACUUAACAUUGCUACAAUCAACUCCAAUUAAUUUUAAGUGAGCUUAAUAUAAUUGGUUCAGUGAAAUUGAAUUAUAAAAUGUGUGAAUCUAUAUUUGACUUGAAAAGCAGAAGUGGAUUACAAUAUCAAGAAUUGUGCAGAUUUUAUACAAAAAGUGGAAUGCAAUAUCUUCUUGUAUUGUAAAGUCUUUGUACAGUUCCUUUAAUGUAUAUAAUUAUCAUGUAUAAAAUUUUUCCAUAUAUUAGUGUAAAAAGUAUGAACAUGUUAAUAAAAAAAUAUUUUUAAUAAUAUUGAAUUGGCCAUUAUUUGCUACAUUGGCUUAAAAAUUCUUGUUAAAUGUUGAUGAAGAUAAUUGUUCUUGUGAUAUAAUUUCAAGUCCCAUUUUACUUAAAGAUGAUAGGUAUAAUAAUGUGAUUUUAAAAGGUUUUUAUUAUUAUUUUUUAUCUACUAUGAUUAUUUAAUUCAACACCCUUUAGUCUGGUGAUAGUUUUGAAUAGAUACCAAUAAUAUCAUACAUACAUAAUAUAUAUAGUCACGGGUUACCAGGUUAUAUUUUUUAAUCAUGUAAAAUAAACCCAUUCUAGUAUUAUCUCGUUUGAUUGCUGUGGUAUUUCAUGUUAGAGAUGUCCAUUUUAUGUAUCACAAGUGUACACAUUCCUUUCUUGAUCGUGCAUUUUAAUAUGCACUAUGGAGAUGUUAUAAACUGUAAUAUUCAUUUAAUACCAACACAGUGGUUGUUCUCAACAAUUUUAUUCGCUAACAUCAUGGGACCAUGACCAAGCAAUAUUGAUUCUAAAAUACAAAAACAAAAUAUUUAUUUGGACAUCUUGACGUAUAAAGUUGAACAUGAUUGCCAUUCUUGUACAGUACAAUGUGUGAUAACAAUGUAGUUCUUAAUUACAAUUAUUCAAUUUACGGGCGGAUAGUUUGCAUAGCUUAGUCGAUGCGCCAAGUGGAAGUGGUGUUAUAAUCACUUCAUUCUUUUAACAACCUAUUGGACUUGUAUGUAUAUGUAAAUAUUUAGAAGUAAUUUAUGAUCGUGUUAGAGAUGUAAGUUGUAAUAAAAUAUUAUAUCUCCGUGUUAUUUGGCUGAGUUUUAAACCUUACGUUAUGUAAAGUAAUAGGAUUAACGAUUCAGAAUCGUCAUGUACUCUAUGAUUUCCUUUCAUCUAAGGUGCGAUAAAUCAUUGAGAUAAUAUUUGUAUCAAUAAUAA